AUGUGUACAAAAUGUGAUCUUGGUUACUAUUUGGUCAGUGAUACAAAUGAAUGUGUGGCAAGUUGUGCUGAUAAAUACUAUGCAUAUGAAGGUACACAAACCAACCCCCAAAAGUGUAUUAAAUGUGAAAGAAAUUGCACUGUGUGUCCUGGAGAUAAAGUUGAAUAUUGUUCCAAGUGCGAACCAGGUUACUUUUUAUAUGAUGAAGAUAGACCACAGGGGUGUCAAAGUCAGUGUGAUGAUGGGGAUUAUGAAACCACAGAAAAUGGCAUAGCCAAGUGCAAGAAGUGUUCUGUUAUCAACAACUGUUUAACAUGUGAAUCACAAACGCAAUGCACUAAAUGUGGAAACAACCAAUAUGUACAAGCAGAUGGAUCAUGUGGAGAUACUUGUCCAGAAAAACACAGAAAGGGUGAUGGGAUUUGUGAAGAAUGUCCACCACUUUGUAGUGAGUGUCAAGAAUCGGGCAAAAACAAGUGUGAUGUUUGUGAUUCAAACACUUUCAUUCUCGAAGACAAAACAUGUUCAAUGUCAUGUGGAGAUGGAUAUGGAGAAAUCAAGGACACAACUCCAAAUUGGACAUGCAAGAAAUGUGUUGAUAAUAACUGUAAAACGUGUGUAAUAUUUACAGAGGAGAAGUGUGUUGAAUGUGAUGAUGAUUUCUAUUUCAAUGAAAAUACAAAAAGAUGUGAAAGUGAAUGCAACUUGACCACACAUUAUGUGAAAAUAUCAGAGAAGUUGCGAAUCUGCUCAUUGUGCAACAAAGAGUUUUCAAAUUGUCAAACCUGUACAUCACAGCGGUGCACAAAAUGUGAAACCAAUUAUUACAAUCAACCGGACACACCAUAUACAUGCGAAGAAGAUUGUCCAGAUGCUUACUUUAAAGGAGAUGGUGUGUGCACAAAAUGUGCUGAUAAGUGUCUGAGUUGUGACAACAUUCAGUGCUUCAGUUGUGAGGAAAAAUACGUUCUUGCCAACGACAAACUAACGUGCGAACGCUGCGAUGAUAAAAGUUGUUUAAAAUGCAGUCAAGGAAAAGAAAAGUGUGAUAAAUGCGAAUCUCCCAAGUUAUUAGGUAAAGAUUCAACAUGUGUUGAUAAUUGUGAAAUUGGGUAUUACAAUGUAAACGAUGAAUAUUGUGAAAUGUGUCGAGAACAAAACUGUGCGAUUUGUGAUGCAACAGAGUGUAAUGAAUGCGUAUUAAAAAGUUAUAUGUUCAAUGGCACCUGUGUUUCAUCAUGCCCAGAUGGGUUUUAUGAAAAUAUAAAAGUAUGUAGCAUUUGUUCAAAAAGUGCGAAUGAAUAUGGUGUUUGCAAACAGGGGGAUUUGGAAUGUAUUGGGUGCUCACCAAGAAAUGACAAUGGAAGUGCUUGGACUAUACCCAUGUUGUUAGCAUUACUCUGUCUGGCAAUGCUAUAA